AUGACGCCACCCGUGCGCUCCGUGAACCCUCAGGCCGACGUGCCCUCGACCGACCAAGGCGGCUCACUGCUCGCACCCACACGAACCAGAGAUGGCCGCUCCAUGUCUGCCGCUACCGUCAGUGUCAUGGCGAGCUCGCGCGGGGGUCAGUCGUCUUAUGCGACCGCGCAUUCUGGACCGGGGAGCUUCAGUACGCAGCUAAAGCCCACGACAUCACAGGAUAGCAGGUUGCGCCCGGACAUUGAUAUGCAUGCUAUUACAGUGGGUGAUAACGACAACACAACUAGCGAGCAGCGACAGGCCGACUUGCAAGAUCAAAUCGACAAGGAAACGAAAAUCAAGAUUGGAUCUGAGAACUUAUUGGAAGCUUUAAAUGCAAAGAGUGCAAAGAACGUCAAGGAUCAGAGGGCACAGGUUGAGGAACAGCUGAAUUUAUCAAACAAGAAGCUUGCGCAGCUCAAGGCAGGCCUGGCAAUCGAGAUACAGCGCGCGAAGGACGUGAAGUCACCACCAGCAGAUCCACAAAGCCGGCUCUCGUUCCUGUUUCGACGCAAUCUCUCGCGUUCGCCGUCACGCCACGUUUCCAAGCAGGACGAAGACGAGGAUGAAGAAACCGAAUCGCCAACCUUUGUACUCGCAGAAAUAUUGCAGGCGUUGGAAGUGACGGGCAUGCAGCCUGAAUACUAUGUCGAGCGGGCCAAUUCUCUCGUCCUUUUACUCAAGCGACAUACUACACUCAAGUACGAUUUGGCUUGGUCCAUAUUCGGUCUCAGGAUGCAGAUGAUGCUCCUUAGUGACAGCCGAGAAGUCGUUGCAGCUGCGUAUCGAGUCAUGCGGUAUGCGUUUACCGAUAGGAAAUCUCUCCAGGUCAUCCGAGGGUUGCAAACCGACUACUUGGUUAUUCUGUCCCUUGUUAAGGAAAGCAAAGCUAGCGUUGAGCGCGAACAAGCGCUGAAGUUUGUGCGAGCCUUCUUGGAUGUCAAGGACGGUGUUGAAGAGAUUGGACGAGCUGUUGUGCGGAUCAUAGUAGCAGUGGCUGAACACACCGAAGACAGACUACGAAACAUCGCGACAUUGACGCUCGCCGAGAUCCUUGUCAGGAAGCCGUCCCUUCUAGUUGGCGCUGGAGGUCUGGGAGUACUUACCGAUGCGCUGGGCGAAGGCAACUAUCACGCUGCUGAAAGCGUUGGCUCUUCUUUACUAUACCUUCUCGACACGCCACGCCGAAGGCAGUUUCUACGCUCAGGUCGAGAACUUGAGACACCGUUCGCAAUGUUCACUGAUGGAGGUACCCUGCACGGGCACUUACACGAAGAGAAGCUUAAAACGAACGCCAAAGUCAUCGCUUCCCUACUCAGGAGCUGGUCUGGUCUGCUAGCCCUCUGUAUGAACGAUUUCCUUCCUCUGCGAUCCUUACUGCUAUCACUGCAGAUACCCACUGUCCAUAUGCGCAACAUCAUCUUAGAGCUCUUGUUCGAUCUUUUCAGGAUCAAAUCACCGUCGUGGUCUUCCUCUUUCCUCGCCGGACGACGUCUAACGACCUAUGGCCGUGUUACGAACAUGCGCAAUGAGCCUGGCAAAGAUCAUUCGAACACCAAGACUGGGACCUCUACCAACAAAUGGAGCCUUAUUGAUCAUUACAUUUCAGUAGUUCUGGCCGCUUUUCUACACGCCGGGCUGGUACCGGCUCUUCUACGCGCCGAAGAGGAUCCCUUGACCCUACAGCUGAAGCGCAAGACGACAUUGCUCCUCGGCGAGGUUCUGAAACUGGCAAAUGAUCUAUUGCCUCCAUUUUGGAGCGCACAGCUCCAGGUGCUUCCUCAGCUAUUGAAAUCGGCUGCAGAGUUCAACUCAGAAGACCGUUUUGUGGCGAUCGGCACGAUCUAUCAAGUGGACAGCGUCAAUCGCACCCUGUACCGGUCAGCACAAGCAUCUCUUCACACUAGUAAAUAUGCCGCCCCAGUUGACAGCACGACGUCCGAACGACCGACAGAUCAGUCCAAGGCUCAGGCCGCCAUGUCCAUGGAUGAGGGCCAAUUUCGCACUCUGAUCCUUGAAAGUCAAGUCCUGAAUACCACCAACUUCCAGAAAUGGAAUUGGAACUUGAUUCAGACUGCCAUCGAUGGUCCCUUGCUCAACCCCAAACGUCUGGAUGAGGCAUUGAAAGUCACGAAGUUUGUACAUCGGCUGUUCAACUUCUAUCGUCCAUUCAAAUUUCGCUUUGCUGAUGUGAAGAACACCAAACCAAACCAGCGUUAUGUCCGUGCAGGAUGCGCGCUGAUGACCAGUCUAUUACAGAACCCUGAGGGCGUCAAGUACCUUAGUGAGAGCAAGCUCAUUCGACAGCUGGCAGAGAGCUUAUCCCACUUCGACAGGAUGAGCGGCUUGACGUCCGACUCACCACUCUUCCAGGCGGACCGCAUGAGUGAGACUCUUACUGGAAGCUACUUUUCACUUUUAGGUGCAUUGAGUAAGGACUCUCGAGGCAUCCAAAUCCUGGAAAGAUGGAGGGUCGUCAAUAUGUUUUACCACAUUAUCGAACUGAAUGGCCGCGACGAUCUUAUCCGGGCUCUUCUCAGCAAUAUGGAUUACACACUCGACGGCCAUCUGCGCAUCAUCAUAUCGAAAGCCAUGACAUCAUGUUCCAAAGAGAUCCGUAUCUUUGCGACUGGUCUAUUGCACAAAUAUGCGACAAAAUCGAUGCAACUAUCAGGCGCGCAGGGAGUUGCAGAGUGGGCUAUUAAGUUGCUCGUGACACAGCUUUAUGAUCCGGAUGUCGAGGUCUGCGAGGUUGCGAUCAGAAUCUUAGAAACUGCGUGUAACGAGACCGAGUCACUGGAGUUUGUGGUCAAGUGCCGGCCCGCGUUGGAUCAUUUGGGUGAAAUUGGUGCACCUUUGUUGCUUCGAUUCUUGUCCACAUCAGUGGGGUACCAUUAUUUGGACGGCCUGGAUUACAUCACCAAAGAGAUGGAUGACUGGUUUUUGGGGAGGAACGAUGCCUACGUGGUACAGAUCGAAGCUACUAUGGCCCGCGCCCUGGCCGACAUCCCUGAUAAGCCGUCAUCACUGUUGUCGUACGACGAACCUUCGGAGCAGCCCGAGUAUGGUCUUGUGCCAGCACACUUCUAUCGAGAACUUACCCGGACGAAGGAAGGCUGUAAGUUGCUGAAGCAAAAAGGGCACUUUGAGGAGUUUGCUGCCAAUAUCCGCGACUUUGCAACAGAGAACAACGAUCCAGAGAUUAUCCUUAAGGUCAAGGGAUGUCUGUGGGCAGUAGGGAAUGUCGGGUCUAUGGAACUUGGUGCCCCUUUCCUGGAAAACUCGGACGUGGUCAAGUGGAUCGUACAAAUCGCAGAGACCUCCGAGGUCAUGUCCCUCAGAGGCACAGCGUUCUAUGUCCUUGGCCUGAUAUCAAGAAGCUUGCACGGCCAGGAGAUCCUGCUUGAAUAUGGGUGGGAUGGUGUAGUCAGCGACUCUGGGCAAGCACUCGGGUUUUGCUUGCCUCUAAACUUCGGGAAGCUGUUUGAGAUAAAACCUUGGGCAGCCAAGUCCGAAGACGUUGUUUUCAGGCGUAAGAAGGAAGUCACAGUGGCUAUCACGGACAGCGAUCCGAUCAAUGCUCGCAUUCUUAAGCUUGCAACUGACCUUGGCAAUACUGUUCUUGCCAAGCGAGCUGCAAACGACCUUCAAGCUAUCAAAGCUAAGAAAGCGUCUGGGUUCAGCAAGCCAUCUAUCUUCCGAAAGGUUAUGCAGGUACUGGAAGCACAUCACUUCCGCCUGCCAGCGUGUCGUUUUGUAUUGGACCUGUUUGACAAACGAGUAUUGGAGCAGGUUGUGCUCGAGGAAGAGGACGAAGAGAGCGAGGAAAGUAGUGACUCGAAUUCUGAGUCGGACGAACAGUCUUUUGGUACAGUCGGCACUGUAAAGAGCUCAUGA